AUGGACUUUCAUCUUUGUACUACUGCCUCUAGUAGAUGCACGAUAUUGUUUUACGUUUUUGGAUGUCAAGGGCGGAUAUGUGAUGGAGGAGUUUUCAAUAAUUCAACUUUGUUAUCGAAAUUGAAAAAAAAAAGACAACUGAAACUUCCGCAUGAUAGACAAUUGCAGCCAUUAGAUAAAAAAUUGCCGUAUGUCUUCCUCGGAGAUUCAGCAUUCGCCUUAAGUCGUCACAUGAUGAUACCAUAUCCUGGUAAUUUUGAAAAAGGUUGCACACAGAGAAUUUUCAAUUACAGGUUAUCUCGUGCAGGCCGUGUAGUUGAAAAUGUUUUCGGCAAAAUGGCAUCAGUUCUUCGCAUUUUUAGAAAACCGAUGGCCUUACAAGCGGACAAAGUAAGCAAUGUCACUCUAGCGUGUGUCCUUUUGCAUAAUUUUAUGCGAAAAAGCCCAUCAUCUUAUUCUCCGCCAGGUACAUUUGAUACCGAAGCAGAUGGGGAAGUUGUUCCCUGA